AUGCCGGCUCCGUUAGCUAAAGGUAUUGUUAUUACUAUUUCCGUUCUUGUUGCCGCCGGUAUUGCGGUCUAUGAAAACCCCCAGAUACAAGAAUGGCUCGAAACAUCUCGACGAAAAAUAGCGAUGGCGAUAAGUAGCUGGGGAGAGGAGCUGAACCCUUACCACUCUGAAAGCAGAGAGGAUAUCUCUAUGACGGAAGAGUUAGGGGAUGAAGCCGAGCUGAGACGUCGCAGAAUUCGAGAAGAUAUACAGCGUCGUCGUGAGAUCCUAGAGUCGUCUAAGCGCCGUAAAAGCACUGCCAGCUGUGCUAGCUUCAGCACACUUGUUGAUAGCGAGGGCCGGUUAAAGUCUUUGAAAGAAAGUGAUAACUCAAAUAGCCCCGUUUCCAGAUCUACUGGAGUCGACAUAACCGCCGUUGAAACUGUGAAUCGAAUUUUGGACAGAAGUUCCGUUGCUUCCCCGUCGUCAUCAUCUAAAAUUCAGCUGAGAAUUAACAGUCAACAGGAACUUGAAGUACUUGAAGAUAUAGUUAGACAUAGACUACCGAUACCUCCAAUGUCAGAAGUGUCAUCAGACCACCCGUCCGAAUCACUGGUGGGCCUCACCCCAACUUCUGAAUUUCUGGGGUCAGAGAUGCCCUUGUCUCUAGAAAGUCUGCCAGAGCAAAUAUGGGAUCGUUUUCUACCACCCAUCAAUAAUCUUACCGCUUCCUCAGUUUCAAGUCAUACAGAAGAUGACUUUGUUUACACCCAUCCGGACCUCCUGAAUGGAGGGUCGAUCAGUCCUCCUCCCACUGAUUUUGAAAAUGUCUGGCAUCAUGAUGUUUCAUCCACACCAUCUAUAGCAUCUAGCGCUAGCCAUAUUCAAAACGAAACGUUUGAAAUUAUGUCAGAAGGGACAUUGAGCGACCUGGGCGGUGACCUUGGAAAUUCGUUCACUCCAACUAGCUGGUCUGAGGUGGGGAGUGUCAUAAGCAGUAAUGAUGAGAAUCAUCAGUGA